CAAGUGUGCGUAAAGCUGGCUUGCGAGCAAAAUUUGACGUUUAUUUGAUGGCAAAAAGUGCUCGUUCCUCCUAAAUAUUUCGGUUCUGUGUGAAAAUUGUUAGAUUUUCUUUGGAAUAAUCAGCCACCGUUGAGGACCAAUCUUCGGGAGAAUAUUAGCCCAUUAGGUGAGGCAUUUUGGUUCAAAAAAUGCCUACCGCAAGCGCUGCAUCAUGGGUGAAGUUCUUCUCCAAUGCCGGCAUCCCGUCGCAGGCGGCCGCCGGAUAUGCGCACGUAUUUGUCGAGAACCGGAUACAGAUGGACAUGCUGAUGGAUCUCAAUAAAGAGUAUCUGCGAGAGAUGGGCAUCACGACGAUGGGGGACAUCAUUGCCAUUCUGCGCCACUCGAAAGUGGUCUGCGAGCAAAGCGCCCGGGAUAGGGUUCUGUCCACACCGGGGGACGAUGCCAGUAACGGGAACUCUUCCGUGCCGGUGGCAGCAGUUUCCGCAACGCAGAGUUCCGCACCAAAAUCGGUGGUUUCAAGACCCAGCUCGACAGUAUCGCUCCCAAGCAAACCUCGGCGUGUAUUCCCAGAACACAAAAUCACACUUCCCGCCAGCGGCAACAGUAGCCGAACAGUGAACGAGAUUUCGGAGAAGAAAACCACUUUGGUCUCACUGUCCACUAAGAAGCCGGACGUAUUCAAACGGCUUUCGCACAAUUCAGAUGAGGAGGAAGACGACGAAGACGAGCACGGGAGUCUUCGGGAACCGGUUUCAAAACUUGCAUCCAAGGUGACUUUGAAAGGCAUAGAACCGCUCCGAUCUAGCAAGAGUGCGGCAUCGAUUUUCUCUCGGCUUGGUGGCAAAAGCAAACGGGACAUCACGGAAGGACCCACCGGGAUAUUGAAGAAAUCUCCCAGCAGACCGCUUUCAUCGGAGCGUAAAAUCACCACCACAUCGCAAAAGGUGAUCUUGGUGAAGAAGAUUCCGGCCAAAGCAGUCACCGUCUCAGACGACGAAGAGUACGGUAGGCGAAAGCGGAACAACUCUCGCCCGAGAACAUCUUUUGGCCGGAUGGACAUCGGAGAACCUCUGAAGUCCGUGUCGUUCUCCGAGGAGGACGAGGUCCUUGAGAUAGAUCCACGUCCAGUAGCAGGCAAACCAUCGCCCAAAGGAGGCGCCCGGAUGCGAUUCAACGAGCGGGAAGUUCCCGUCCGGUCUAGACUUGGUCAUUCGCCAAAACGCAACCAGACCUCUCCACUGCGAGGUCCGAAAAAAACGGUAUUUAUGAAACCGCAAAAAAUGCCAGCCGGAAACAUAACGACCCUUUCGCCUUCGUCGCUUUCGCGGUCGAAAAUGAAGUCCGACGCGAUGCUGCUGCGGAACGAGCUGCCUGUUAAAAAUCGACUGAAUCUGGCCGUCCGCGGUGGUCGUGGACCUCCUUCGGCGGUCAAAACCGAUCGGUUCAGUCUUGAUUCCAAGCUGGCCAGUAUGAAAUUGAAGGGAAAGCCGACCGGCGGCGGCAGGAAAAGUGUCCCCAGCGGAAGCGUUUUCGAUCGAUUGGGAUACAAUAGGAAAUGAGCAUCCUUGGGACCUUGGCGAUGAUAGUGAAUAAUUUAUGCUAAGUUUGAUAGACUGCUCCGCAUGGAAGGCGAGUUGUCCACAAUAUUUCGUUUGACAGAAACUAAUACGAAUGAAUCGACCAUUUAUAGCUCGAGAAAAUUAUAGCGUUAGUGUUUUUGGCUCCCUAACACGAUAUUUGUGAAGUGUUGAACAUCGUUUGAAUGGUUAUGUAGAACUGAAAUAAAGCUCUUCUAACUAGUGAAGUU